CGAAGCCGCCAAAGAAAACGGAGCAGGGUAAGUCCAAGUCCGCAAAGGAAACCCAGCAGGGGGAGAUCGCAAUGAUGAAAGACGCCAGGAAAAUAAAGUGAAGUGGAGCCCAGAAGCCUACGCCAGAAGGGGGGCCAAGUUUACUGUCAGGUAGUGGCGUAGCACCUCCCUUGUUAGUUUCUAUUUUCCUUAAAUUGGUGGCUUGGGUCGCUCUUCGUACUUAUUCAAGUUUCGUAGUGCUAAGGUAGCUCGUAAACCCUUAAUCAAAACUUUCUCAUAUACUUCUAUUUGUAUGGCUGUGCGUCUCACUUAUUAUUUGGCAUGAAGCUUCCAACUUCUUGUGUAUCCUAGCCGAAAUUUUUUUUCGAGUCUGUGCGAUCCUCUCGCCGGCAGGUUUUUGUUUCCUUAGUUUGUUAUUUCUUGUUGAGACUUCGCUGUUGGCAUUCUUGUUAACUAAAGAACUGCGUUGUCAGCCAUCCCACUAACUACGCGCCAAGGAGUAAGAUCAUCACUAAUCAAAGACAGCGCGGAGACUUCUUUUUUCUUAUACAUCCUACUACAGCCACUACUACAGCGACUACUUAUGAUCCUACUAAAUCCUACUACAGCCACUACUAUCUUACUACACCCUACUACAGUUAUUUCUUCUUAUACAUCCUACUACUAUCCUAGUAACGACAACUCCUAUGACUGAAAUUUGGAAUACUUCUCACCUGGGUACAUACUAGCUCUCUGGAGUGGCCCCCCAGGGGCAGGCGUCAAGGGAAUUUCAAAGAAUUUGCUAGAAGGAUGAAACUCAAAAUUCAAAAUCAAAAUUCAAAGUUCAAAGUUCAAAGUUCAAAGUUCAAAAUUCAAAAUUCAAAGUUCAAAGUUCAAAGUUCAAAGUUCAAAGUUCAAAGUUCAAAGUUCAAAAUUCAAAAUUUAAAAUUCAAAAUUCAAAAUUCAAAAUUCAAAAUUCAAAAUUCAAAAUUCAAAAUUCAAAAUUCAAAAUUCAAAAUUCAAAAUUCAAAAUUCAAAAGCAAAACUCAAAAAUCAAAAUCAAAAUCAAAACUCAAAAUCAAAACUCAAAACUCAAAAUCACAAUCAAAAUUCAAAAUAUGGAAUCCAAAUAUGAAAGCAAAAUCAAAACUCAAGGCAUAAAGCGCCCUAACCUCAAAACUCUGAUCCAAAUUUCAAAACCUUGAUCCAAUGUUGAGAACUUUGCUCCAAAUUUCAACACUUUGAUUAAAAUCUCAAAACUUUGGCCCAAAUUUCAAAACUUUGGUUCAAAUUUCGAAGCUUGAUAUUCAAAACUCAAAAUUCAAAACUCAAAAUUCAAAAUCAAAACUCAAAAUCAAAAUUCAAAAUCAAAAUCCAAAACUCAAAAUCAAAAUUCAAAAUCAAAAUUCAAAAUCAAAAUUCAAAAUCAAAACUCAAAAUCAAAAUUCAAAAUCAAAAUUCAAAAUCAAAAUUCAAAAUCAAAAUUCAAAAUCAAAAUUCAAAAGCAAAAUUCAAAACCAAAAUUCAAAACCAAAAUUCAAAACCAAAAUUCAAAAUAUGUCAUAAAAUCAAACGAGGGAAAAACUUUAUACUGUAAGAGAUUUAUAUGAAUUAUUUGCAAAGGCCGCUGAAGUAGCAACUUCGAAAUUCGAAAAUUGAAUGCACAGGACGACACCUAAUACCGAAGAGAGCCUCCGGGCAGCAUUAUCGUCGGUUUUGCAGGAUAAAGAUACCAAGCAGCCGCUAUCAGAGAAGCAAAGGAAAAACCAGACGCAGAAGCACUUUGGUAGAAAAAGCGAAGGGGAUGCAGAUUAACGCCUUUGCAUUCAUAUUUCUCAUACUACUGCUCAUCAGGAGACAUUCGGCCUCGAAGAUAGCACAGGCAUGAAGUGAAGAAUAGAAACUCGGAUACUCAAAAUAAGCAAGUAACAAAAACAGUAACCGAGUAUCUGAGAUUGUUCCCUAGCAUACUCGGUUACCUCAGUUUUUCGAGUGUUUAUACCUAGUCCAAGACACGACCUAACGUUUUGUAGAGCAGCGAUAGUGUUGGUUUGGAAGCACUGUUAUGGUCCAGGGAGUUGCACUGGAUUAUCAUCGCACAUUCUACCCUAAGAAUUUUGGAUUUUUGAGUCAUAAUGAAGCAUCGCGAUCCCGUAGUAAGAAAGUUUUUCCCUAUUGAAGAAAAUCGUAUCCAGGUGAGUAGUUGACCACUUACAAGAGUCCAGCUGUCUCUCUGGAUAGCCACGACUACUUGUAUGCGUCCAUAUAAGUAAAAACUUGUAUCAGAGUUGUAUCAAUUGGAAUGAAAUAUACAUCGUCCGUUUCAGUCAUCAGUUUAAAAAAUUAUUUUAUUGUUAGCUUGUACCGUGUCAACAUGGAACGGUCUGAAAUUAACUAAAGCGAUCAAGAAGGAACCAAACAGGAUCAAAGGCCGAUCGGUCCGAUAUGAACUAAGACGAUCGGGCAAGAUCAAGAACCAAACAGGACGCCUCGUCACGCGUCCACCAAAAAAAACUCCAACAUAAAACAGAGAAAAUGCCACCGACUUGGUAGCAGUAGUAGAGACAUGAUUAUACUCCAGUAUGCUGACCACAGACGCCAUAUAUUAUUGCCCACCUAUAAAAGAGUAGCGCCAUGGAGAUCGUGCUGACCUCCAAAGACUGACGCCGUAAAAUAAAACAAUAGGUAGGAGGGACUACAGUCGCUGACCUUUACGAAGAGAGGCGGCGUCGGCACAUGAAAGAAUAAAAGGAUGGCUCGUGACUCAUAAAAAGUAAUAGCUACUUAAGGUAGUUCAUGAUUCAUAACAAACUUCAUAAUUACCAUUUCGGAAAGAGAUAGUUCAUAAUCAUAAAGAAUCUGUGCAGUGAAUGAAUGAUGAUGACCAUCGAAUCUGCAUCAUCGCCUGUGAAGAACGUCCU